AUGCCGUCGCUGGAAAGGGUACUCGUAACUGGUGGUAGCGGCUUUCUAGGCUCGCACAUUGUGGAAAAGCUGCUCGACGAUCCCAUCACUUCCGUCGCCAUCAUCAGUCGCAACCCACGUGCGCGCACAGAGGACGACCGCAUCUCUCUUCAUCCCUCCAAUAUCGCUUCAAAAGAGGAGGUCCAGGCCAUCUUCGACGCAUUCAGGCCCCAGGUCGUCAUACACGCAGCAUCUCCAAAAUCGGUCGACACGGCAGCGGCGCUCAUCAGGACCAACGUUCGAGGCACCAAGGUUUUGCUUGAGUGUGCUGAAGCAUGCGUGGACACGCGAGCCUUUGUGUACACUUCGUCCGACUCGGCGGUGGAGCCCAGCGAAGAGCCGCUCACAGAGGACCAAGCCAAGCUGUACGAUGAAAACCACCAUCCAAAUCCUUACGCCAUGUCGAAGGCAGUUGCAGAUGUCGCGGUUCAGGCAUCCAACUGCGCAAAGCUUCGCACUGCUGUCAUCCGCAUACCCGGCAUCUAUGGCGAACGUGACAACAACUUGAUGCCGCAGCUGGUCUCGAGCGUGCGCAAGAACGAGCACAAGAUGCAGAUCGGUCAAAAUAAGAAGCUGUUCGAGUUCGUCUACGUCGGAAAAGCUGCAGAAGCCCAUAUUCUGGCUGCACGAGCCCUCUUGGAUCCUGAUACCGAGAUUGGUGUCGCUGGGGAAGCAUUCUUCGUCUCUGAUGGCAGAGCAGAACCCUUCUUCAAUUUCGUGCGCAGAUGCUACGCUGCUAUGGGCCACCCUGUCGAGCUCAAUGAAGUUACGGUCCUCCCGAUGAUGGCUAUGCAAAUGAUUGCGUCUGUUACCGAGUGGGCAUACAGCAUCUUCACGUUAGGCACAGUGACACCAAAGCUCCGUAGGCAAAACAUGGAUUACUUGGAUAAGAGUUGUUGCUGGUCAAUUGAGAAGGCGAAGAAUCGACUCGGGUAUGAGCCAGUCGCUGACCAGGAUGCGGCCAUCAAGCGAAGCAUGGAAUGGGCUGUAACAAAGUCGUAG